AUGUCCGGCUUACAGCAGCAGCAACAGGAACAGCACCAACAGGUGAGCAUCAAAAUGGAACCGAUAGGACCGAGCAGCCCUCCGUCGGGCGUCAACAGCAACCUGGUAGUCCGGGUGGACCAGAACUCGGAAACAGACUUACAGGCGCUGUUCGACACGGUUCUGAAGCCGGACGGCAAAAAGCCGCUCCAGUUACCGUUGCGCAUGCGACAGCUGCCCAAGUCGUUCUUCAACCCUCCAUCGACGGGCUCCAAGUCGCCGUCUAUAUCGCACAGCCGCGAAAACUCGGGCGACUCGGCGUUCGGCACUGCAAACGCGGGACCGUCGUGUUCAGGGCCGGUUCCAUUACACUCGCGCGCGCACAGCUCGCCCGCCUCGCUGCAGCAGACGUAUGCCGUCGGAGCGGCCAUGCAGCAGCAGAAGCAGCAUCACGCCAAACAGCGCAGCUACGACAUUUCCAGCACCAUCGACGAGUUGUUGGCCCGCUGCCGCAGGGUUGGGAACAGGCCCGGACGCCAGAGGGACAGAUUUACUAUAUGA